AUGGCUGAUAAGUGUGAUCUGUGUCUGCUGGGACUGAUCAUUAUCUCUUCACUUCUCACAGGUACCAGUGGAGGGGAUUAUGCUCAUGUGUUCAUCGGUUCUGGUGAAAAUGUCCGUCUGCACUGUAAUAAUGCUCUUUCUGACUGCAAAUCAACUACAUGGAUCUAUUACAGUUUCAGAAAUUCAACAGGAGAUGAACUGAUUGGUUUAGGGAUAAAGAAGAAAGACACAGAGAGACGUGAGAGACUGAGUCUGGGGUCUGACUGCUCUCUGAACAUCAAGAACGUCACAAAAGAAGAUAAUGGAUUAUACACCUGCCAACAAUAUGUGAAUGACAAACAACAAGGAACUAAUGCUUAUGUAUAUCUGCAUGAUCUUCAUGUGUCUCCAUCAUCAUUAUCAUCAUCCUCACAGACUGAGAUCAAUCCAGGCCGCUCUGUGACUCUCUCCUGUCAGUUGUAUUCUAGGUUAUCCUGUGAUCGUUGGAUCCGUUUUGAGAGACUUCAGCUGUUGUGGGUGGAUCAGGCUGGUGUUGAUCUGAUGACAGACUCCAGAUAUCAGAUAUUAUUCUCAUCAGAUCACUGUAUCAUCACUCUGACUACAACACUCCUGAAUGAAGAUGACAACAGAGAGUGGAGAUGUCAGCUUACUCACAGAAAUCAACUCAAGACCUCGGUCAGAUACACUGUCAAGUAUUCAGAUGAUGCAUCUGAACAUUCAUCUUCUGCAGUCGAUUCAACAACACUGAUUCCAGUCAGAAGCUCAAACUCUGAGAAGAAAUCAAGCCAAACUACAGCAGCAGCUCCUACACAAGUGAUUGUGGUUAUUGUUGAGAUCGCAGUGUUUGCUGCUCCUACUGUGAUUCUUCUUCAGAUCAUCUGUGCAAGAAGAGCUGGGAGGAAGGACUCGCAGCACCCAGAGGAAAUAGAGAUGCCUACAAUACUGCUGAGUUUGGAGCAAAUAUGAAACAAUAUUUAAAACAGCAAAAACUUAUAGAGGAUUGUUCAUUGUUUUAUUUUCUUCUUCUCAGAAAACAGAAAAAAACUCUGACCACCCUGAAGAAAUAGUGACACCAAGUUUAGACAAAUAAAAGGCCAGAUUUAUUUUCAUUUUAUGGGUUUUAUGGAUAUUUGCCUACAGUGUUGAAUGUCAUUUUCUUGUGCUUCAUAUAUAAACUGCUUUAAAUAUACACUAAUAUUAAAUAUAGCAAUGGACAGACUGUUUGUAAAUUCCUCUCUCUGUUCUGUGAUGAAGCUGAUUUGGUGAUUCUCAUAUCUUGUCUUUUCAUUCCUGUUUUUAGCAUCUUUUUUUUUUUUUUCAUUUUGAAUGAUUGCUACUAAUUUUCUUAAUAUAACCUCUGUAAUUGUUUAAUAUGUCUCCUUUCCUGAGAUGUUUGUUACAAAUAUGGUGAUUCAUGAGUUUGUAAUUAAACUAAUAAUGAAAUGAAACAUUCAUUAUUCAUUAUAUCAACUUUAUUCUGGUUAGUUCAGAAAUCCACUUUGAUAAACUAAUGACUUUAACACACUUCACCUUCUCUCACAGUUGGGUUACAAGAGCACAGUUUAGGUUUAGGCUUGUUAACUGAAAAGAGAGUCGAAUGCAGCAGCACUUAAAGAAAAUGA